AGAGAAGCGGCAGGAGAACUGUGCUCUUGAGCAGGGGGCUGCGUCUAAGUGACAACGGGGAAAAGGAGGACCCUUGAUCCGGGCCACUUUCCUAGAACUGCCCUUUUCUGCUCUAAACCCGAUAAGACCUGACGCUGAGCUCAGCCAACCCUUGAGUCCAAGGCGGUUCUGGGUGCGAGGAUUCGGUUCAGCAUCCUCUUUCCAGGUGUAGUCUUCAGUGGUUUCUUAGAAAGCUCCAGUAUCCGCCCGUUGGACCCCUUGGGUACCACACCCGGAGCGAGCGGUGCCACUCGGAUAGUUGGCUCGCAGAACAUGACCCAGAGGCACCUGCGCGCGCAGGUGGCUUCUGCAACCACAGCCGCCACCAUGAGUAAGGCGGCUGCGGGUGAUGAGCUCUCAGAAUUCUUCAGCCUCAUCCCAGACUUGCUGGAGGUUGCCAACACGAGCAAUAACGCGUCGCCGCAGCUUCCCGACUUGUGGUGGGAGCUGGGGCUAGAGUUGCCGGAUGGUGCAGCGCCAGGGCAUCCCCCUGGCAGCGGCGGGGCAGAGAGCGCAGACACUGAGGCCCGGGUACGGAUUCUCAUCAGUGCGGUUUACUGGGUAGUUUGUGCUCUGGGAUUAGCUGGCAACCUGCUGGUUCUCUAUCUGAUGAAGAGCAAGCAGGGCUGGCGCAAAUCUUCCAUCAACCUCUUCGUCACUAACCUGGCACUCACUGACUUUCAAUUCGUGCUCACUUUGCCCUUCUGGGCGAUAGAGAACGCUCUAGACUUCAAGUGGCCCUUCGGCAAGGCCAUGUGUAAGAUAGUGUCCAUGGUGACGUCCAUGAACAUGUACGCUAGUGUCUUCUUUCUCACCGCUAUGAGCGUGGCGCGCUACCACUCUGUGGCCUCUGCUCUGAAGAGCCAUCGGACCCGAGGGCUUGGCCGUGGCGACUGCUGCGGCCAGAGUUUAAGGGACAGCUGCUGCUUCUCAGCCAAGGUGUUGUGUGGAUUGAUAUGGGCUUCUGCCAUGUUAGCCUCGCUGCCCAAUGUCAUCUUCUCUACCACUAUCAGGGUGAUGGGCGAGGAGCUGUGCCUCAUGCAUUUCCCGGACAAGCUGCUAAGCUGGGACAGGCAGUUCUGGCUGGGUUUGUACCACCUGCAGAAGGUGUUGCUGGGUUUCCUGCUACCGCUGAGUAUCAUCAGUAUGUGUUACCUGUUGCUGGUGCGCUUCAUCUCGGACCGCCGCGUAGUGGGGACAACGGAUGGAGCCGGAGUUGCAGCGGCUGGGGGAGGCCUGAGUGCAGCCAGCGCUCGGAGGCGGUCCAAGGUCACCAAGUCAGUGACCAUCGUAGUCCUGUCCUUUUUCCUGUGUUGGCUGCCCAACCAGGCGCUCACCACCUGGAGUAUCCUCAUCAAGUUCAACGCGGUGCCCUUCAGUCAGGAGUACUUUCUGUGCCAGGUGUACGCGUUCCCAGUCAGCGUGUGCCUAGCGCACUCCAACAGCUGCCUCAACCCGAUCCUCUACUGCUUAGUGCGCCGCGAGUUCCGAAAGGCGCUCAAGAAUCUGCUGUGGCGCAUCGCGUCGCCUUCGCUCACCAGCAUGCGACCCUUCACCGCCACCACCAAGCCAGAACCCGAGGACCACGGGCUGCAGGCCCUGGCACCGCUCAACGCCGCUGCAGAACCUGACCUGCUCUACUAUCCGCCCGGUGUUGUGGUCUAUAGUGGGGGACGCUACGACCUGCUGCCUAGCAGUUCGGCUUACUGAGACCUGCCAAGGCUCAAGAGGGCCUUCCACCGACAAGGAGAGGGGAGAGCAAUUUGGGGGCUGGAAAGCGGGGUUGGAGAAAAAAGUAGGAAAGGAAUGUUGCUGGGAAGAGCAGACUGUGAAAAGGCCAGAGGAC